AUGCUCCGACUCCCAUACGACCAGAGACCGCGCUUCUGUAUUAGUACGCACUUGGGUGACUCGUUUCUGGACAUCAGCGAGGAAGCUCUUCUGGCGAUUCUCUGGGGAGAGUCAUCGGGAGAUGUGGGCAGGACGACGGAAGCCAAUGUGCGGAGUAGGACGGAGGCCAAGGAGGACCAGGAGUCUGACUAUGGCGGGUUGAUGAGGCGUCUCGUUAUCGGCAAGCCGGAGGAUCUGGUGAACAAGGAAGUCGGGCAGACGACAUAUGGCAAAAAGACUACGACCAUGCAGGAGCUCUCUACCCAGCACCCAUAG